AUGGGGAGAACUUUCUAUGCAUCUUUAUUGACUCUGUACCGUCUGGUGGUAUUAUCCGGUGCGGACUAUGACUGUCCCUAUCAGAUGUGCCCGUGCGAGGAGUCUCGUAUUUUGUGCGCCAACAUGGGACUUGACAGAUUACCGCCCCUGACAACCACCCAGGCUACGUACAACAGAUAUCUGUGGGCAGACAAUAACAACAUCACAAGGAUAUCAAACGAUAGCCUCCCGACAGAUAUCAUUUUUAUCUCCCUCACUAACAACCCAAUACUCACCAUCGACGACGACGCCUUUCAACGUUUAUCCACAAGCCUGGAGUCUCUCGUCCUUUCCAACGCCCGCUUCACCAAAAUUCCCGACGCAUUUCUCCAGUUAACGGAUCUGACCUUACUUAGCAUAUCCAAUACGCCAAUAAAGGAUUGGAACCCAGUUGUCAUGAGUCAGCUUGGUUCACGCAUGGAAACGCUGACACUUGAGAAUGUCAGUCUCACCACAUGGCCUAGGUGGCUUCAGAAUUAUACACAGUUAACAGAACUGAUAAUUGGCGGACACUCUAUAUCUUCAAUCCCCGAUGAUGCGUUUGACAAUAUGGCCAAUACCCUGCAGAGAUUAACCAUCGCAAAUACUAGCUUAACAGCCGUGCCUAAAGCUGUUUUAAAACUCCAUUUCCUAAAUAUGUUAAGCUUCACCUUUUCCAGUAUCUCGAAUUUAACUUGGCUUCCAGUCUACAGUAAAUUAAACACGUUAAUUAUUCAGAAUGCUAGAAUAUCUGACGCAGAUCACGCGGGGAAUGUCCUUCGUCCUUUCGCAGACUCUUUAACGCAGGCAGACUUCCAGGCCAACCUGCUGACGAAGAUUCCCGACGUAAGCUUCAUGACCUCGUUGCAGAUACUGCAGCUAAUGAAUAACCAAAUCAGCGACCCGGUAUCUGGGGCAAAAACUCCAGCAUUGCAAUUUUUAACUUUGAAUAAUAAUCCCCUAAGUACAAUUUCUGCAGGAGCUGUUCAAAACUUACCACUUUUGCAAUCGAUAAAACUGGCCAACACUAAGAUAACUCGUCUGCCGUUAUCGUUUGCUUCGCUGUCCAAUCUGAAAUAUUUUGACAUAACAGGAGCCCGGGAUCUAGUAUGUACGUGUUUAGAAGUCAGCCUGAGGCCUGUGCUGCUCAAAGUGGAUACACUGCUGGGAGACUGUGGGGCAGUGAGCAUCCGGUAUUUCUUUGCCAGUUUGAGUCCCUCGUGUCCAUCGUGA